AGUAGACUACUAUUGAAACAUGAAACUGCUACUGGUAUUUGCCUUCAUCGCAAGUGCGAGUGUUGUGCUUUGUGAAAAAUACACCACUAAAUACGACAACAUUGAUUUAGAUGAAAUCUUAAAAAGCGAACGUUUACUGAAAAAUUAUGUCGACUGCGUUAUGGAGAGAGGCAAGUGCACAGCAGACGGGGCCGAAUUGAAAAAAAAUAUGCCGGACGCUUUGAAAGAAGAUUGUUCUGGAUGCAGCGAAAAACAAAGAGAAGGCUCCAUCAAAGUUAUCAGAUAUUUAGUUAAAAAUAAGAGACCGAUAUUCGAUGAAUUAGCCGCUAAAUUCGAUCCCGAUAAAACUUACAUUACCAGACACAAGGCAGAUCUCGAAAAAGAGGGCAUCACCGUCUAAAUACCCUCCAAAGUUUCUCUACUUUUGUUUGUAAGUGAAUUUGUUUGUUGCAAUAAAUUCUUUCAAAGUUAA